AGCCGAGCCUCGGCCAGCUCCGGCGGGCGAGCGGGCGCUGGAGUGCGGCGGGGCGCUGCCCUAUCGGUCCGCAGAGCGGACUGAGCUGGAAGCCGAGUGCUGCCGCGGGAGGCGGGCGAUGGGGGCAGGUGCCGCCGGCCGCGCCAUGGACGGUUCGAGCCUGCUGCUGUGGCUGCUGCUGUUCCUGGGGGUGUCCCUCGGAGGUGCCAAGGAGACAUGCCCCACAGGCCUGUACACCCACGGCGGGGAGUGCUGCAAAGCCUGCAACCUGGGCGAGGGUGUGGCCCAGCCUUGCGGAGCCAACCAGACCGUGUGUGAGCCCUGCCUGGACAGCGUGACGUUCUCCGACGUGGUGAGCGCCACCGAACCGUGCAAGCCGUGCACAGAGUGCGUGGGCCUGCAGAGCAUGUCGGCGCCGUGCGUGGAGGCCGACGACGCCGUGUGUCGCUGCGCCUACGGCUACUACCAGGACGAGACGACGGGCCGCUGCGAGGCGUGCCGCGUGUGCGAGGCGGGCUCGGGCCUCGUGUUCUCGUGCCAGGACAGGCAGAACACCGUGUGCGAGGAGUGCCCCGACGGCACGUACUCCGACGAGGCCAACCACGUGGACCCGUGCCUGCCCUGCACGGUGUGCGAGGACACAGAGCGCCAGCUGCGCGAGUGCACGCGCUGGGCCGACGCCGAGUGCGAGGAGAUCCCUGGCCGUUGGAUUACACGGUCCACACCCCCAGAGGGCUCGGAAAGCACAGCCCCCGGCACCCAGGAGCCCGAGGCACCUCCAGAACAAGACCUCAUAGCCAGCACAGUGGCAGAUGUGGUGACCACAGUGAUGGGCAGCUCCCAGCCCGUGGUGACCCGAGGCACCGCCGACAACCUCAUCCCUGUCUAUUGUUCCAUCCUGGCUGCCGUGGUUGUGGGCCUCGUGGCCUACAUCGCCUUCAAGAGGUGGAACAGCUGCAAGCAGAACAAGCAAGGGGCCAACAGCCGGCCCGUGAACCAGACACCCCCACCGGAGGGAGAAAAGCUCCAUAGCGACAGUGGCAUCUCUGUGGACAGCCAGAGCCUGCACGACCAGCAGCCACACACUCAGACAGCCUCGGGCCAAGCCCUCAAGGGUGACGGAGGCCUCUACAGCAGCCUGCCCCCAGCCAAGCGGGAGGAGGUGGAGAAGCUGCUCAACGGCUCUGCGGGGGACACCUGGCGGCACCUGGCCGGCGAGCUGGGCUACCAGCCUGAGCACAUAGACUCCUUCACCCACGAGGCCUGCCCUGCCCGCGCCCUGCUCGCCAGCUGGGCCACCCAGGACAGCGCCACGCUCGACGCCCUCCUGGCCGCCCUGCGUCGCAUCCAGCGUGCUGACAUCGUCGAGAGCCUGUGCAGCGAGUCCACGGCCACGUCCCCGGUGUGAGCCCACCUGGGGAGCCCCCGCCCCACCCCAACAUUCCGACAACUGAUGCUCCAACCAAGCCCCGUGGAGCCUGUCCCCCCUGGGGUGGGCCAGCCCGUCAGGGCUGAACUCCUCUCCUCUGGGCAGGGCCUCGGAGUCCAGGCCCCCAAACCGCAGCCCUGUCGCUGCACCCCAAGUGGCCCUUCACUUCUGAUCACACUCCCUGCCCGGUGAGAGAAGUCCCCCUGCCGCCUGCCCCACCCUGCCUGCCCCUUCACCAUCUCAGGCCACUGUCCCCUUCCUCCCGCACUGCCAAGUGGGCCAGCCUAGCGGGUGUUGUAGCUGGGAGGGGGCUGACACCAGGGAUGGUGUUGGGGGCAGUGACAAGACCCUAGAGACUCAGAGGGUGGUACUGAGGAACCAGAGCCAUGGACUCUACACUGUGAACCUGGGGAACGAGGGAGCAUCGCAGUGGCCUAAACCCUCCCUCGCCCCCCUUACCCCUCCCCUCUGGCCUCAGGUGAAGAGGAGCAGAGGACUGCCAGAAACCCAGCCCACCCCCUCAUUUCACAUUCAGGACGGUGAGGCCCAGAGAGAGGCAGUGACUUGCCCAAAGUCACACAGCAAUGGGGAGGCCAAGUGUAGGCUGGCACCCUCCUCUCUAAAUGAGGAGCCUCAGGUUUGCUUGAGGGGAGGGAGAGAGGGAGAAGGUGGCCUUCUGAGUAGUGUCCUGAAGCUGUCACUCCCCCUUCCGCCAUCUCCAGGCCCUGUCCCCGCUCUGCGGAGAUGGGAUGCUUGCCCAAGGCCUGGUCCAUCGGUCAUCGUGGCCGAGUCAGCUUUGGGUUCUGUGGAAAGGGGAGCUGCUUCCCUCUGCCUGUCCCCCUCAGGCAUGUCAGUGUGGCAUCUGUGGUGUGGCCUCAGUUGGCUGCCCUCUGUCCUGGCACAGGCUCGGAGUCAACACUGGCCCCUAGAAUCAGCCCUAGGGGUCGGGGACUAAAGACCUCUCACCCUGCAACACACACACACCCCGGAUGGAAAUCUCGCUUUUCUCCAUGAGCUCCCGGGGCAGCUGCCAGAGAAGCAUCGGAGGGAAUUGAACUCUGCUGGGCUAUCCUCCCUCGCCCCUGGCUUUGGCGGGCCAAGGACGGCUGAGGCUUGAGUUGGCGUCUGUCUUCAAGGGCUUGCACGUGGAGGAAUGCGGAAUGCGCCCCCAUCCUCCCCUUCCCUGCAAGCAGGGGUUUGGCUGGACCCAGAAGGUUGUGAUGAAGAAAAGUGAAAAGUGGGCCAGUGUGGGAACGCAGCAAGAAGGAACUGAGUUAGACUGUGGCCCCGGGGGGUUCCUCCCAAGCUUAGAUGGCCCCGUGAAAAAGGACUGUUUUUUCCUUAGCUUGGCCAGAAAGGGGCCCUGAGGUCUCAGUGGCCUUUCCACGCCCUCCCUGGUCUGUUCUGUUUUGCUUGAUGUUGGAAUGAGUGUGGCUCUCCCUCUAUUUAGCAUGAACGAGCCCCAGGCAGGCUGUGCGCUGACAGCCACCCCCUCCCCACCCAGGGUCGUCCGGACCCUGUGGAAGGGACUCGGAGCAUUGUAUGUAGAUGGCAUUUCUUGGACCUCAGUCUGUGAUGAGAGGAGGACGCUCACAUGCUGGCCCCUCACCUGUGCACCUGGCAAGUGGGAUGGAGUCCGAGUGUAUUUAUUUUCCUCCCCAGCAGUACGGGAGGGGUUGGGGGGUUGCGAGUACGUUUUAGCAUGUAUUUGGCUCUGGGGACCCUCCUGCCUCCCCUUGGGCUGAGAUGGAACACUUUUGGCCCCCCAGCUGGGAGCUGCAAGCUCGGACCCCCUAUAACCUCCCCUGUCACCUCUCCCUUGCAUCCUGUGUAAUCAUUUCUUGGGCCCUCCUGAAACCUACACAUAAAACAUAAGUGAUGAACAUUAAAUAGCAAAGAAAGAAAAACGGUGCAAAGA